CGAUGAAAAAAAAACAAAAUGAAAACCACGCGGACGAGGAAAAUGAAAGAUCGCUAACACAUUCUCCCUCACCAGCUUCUUCAGAGACUACAUCGGCAGCGUCGCCAGCAUCAUCGCGAACGUCUACUGACUCGUCUGUAACGACAUGCGCAUCAGCAGCCUUUACUUGGCUAAGACCUCCGACAAGAGGAGCACAUGAUAUUGAGACAUUUACAGAAAAUAGUAUGCCCGAUAUACGCGACGAGAAAACAUCAACGACAGAAGAAACCGAGUUACUCAACAUAUUUUGCAAUGGUGAGGGUAAGAUUAACAGAAAUGGCCGCCAUAAUCAAUUGUUAAAUAUUUGCGAUUUAUUGGAGGUGCUUAGAACAGGUAGUGAUGAUGUAUUUCCUAAUACAACUACGAACGAAUUACACGAUUUUAGUGAUUUUAACACAAAGAAGUUGGAAACUUACUGUUCUAACAUUUGUGCAACAGAGAAGGCGGAAAACUUAAUGUGGUGCCACGGUAGUAAAUUUUCCAGUGUGCCGAAUAAGUUAAAUGAGUUGGGUAAUAAAACUUAUGAAAAUUCCUUUUUCAACUCAGAGGAGGAAAAGGAAAGAGAAAAACAGCAGAGUGAAACAAAAAGUAUUCAACGUAGUGCCAGUUGGUCUGUUUCAUUUACUUCCAAGAGCUUCCCGUGUAAAGAAGAUGGAGCAACCAGAGGUUAUAUGAAUGCCAGUUACUAUAACUUAUCGCAAAUAAAAGAUUUUGACAUCAUUGAUAGCUUUAAAAUGUCUGAUCGUAAACGUACGUCGUUAAAUGAAAAUGAAAUUAUUUGUAAAAGCAAUUUCCUCUUGAAUGAAGUUUCUAAGCAUUAUGAUCGCUCAGCAUCGAUACUAACUGAUAAAUCAAUAGAUUGUUUGGCAGAUGCACUACAGAGACCUUCAGUGCCAUUACGAAACAGAAAGGAAGCAAAGGCUAACCAAAAUGAAAUGGAAUACGAAACUAUACAGCAUGUGCAAUUAGUUUUAAGAAAGCCGCCUGCACGGCAACGUCAUAAGGCCGGAAACGCUGAGAAGAGCCUUAGUUUAAAUCAAAAUAUGACCAUACCGGGUUUGGAUGAGCCACGCAAAACUUUUGAUCAAGAUCCUACAAAUUUAAAAACGAGUUACGCUCAAAGCUUAGAGAGAUGUAAUUUCGAUCCUAAAGAAUUGUCAAAUCAUGAUCUAAGCACAACCACCCACCGCUCUCUCACAAAAAGAAGAUUUCACAACCAAACAAAUAGUGCGACAAUUAGUAAAAAGAAACAUUUGGUGUCCUCCACACCCAAUUUGAAUGCGUACGACUAUAAUCAAGAUAUUGUGGAGGAUGAUUUAUAUGUUUCCAGCGCUCACACUUCUAUGCAUCAAUUACCCCAAAAUACAACAGCCAAGCCGUUGGGUAUUCUCUUGCCUGUAGGUUCUAGAAAUUCAUUUAAUAAGGAAGUUAGUUUUUGCCCGGUAGUCUCUAAAUAUUCUUGGCAAGAACAAUCGUCUGCUGAAAGCAAUGAACCACCAGCAUUACGGUCAGUAAAUGUAGAAACUGAGGACGACAGUGAAGACGAAUUAUUGGAUAAUGCUGAUGCCACAGUUAUUUAUAAUACUAAAGAAAACGAAAAUAUCGCCAUGCGUUUAAAAGAAGAAAUUGAUAAACUGGAAAUAGAAGAAUCCAUCUCAAAAAAAGAGCGAAAAUCUAAGAGUACCACGACACUGUCAGACAAUUCUCACGAUCAAGAGCAAGAGGAAGAGCACACACAAAAAGCUAUUAGCAACACCGUACACAAUGAGAAUGAGUCUGAAAACGAAAUGGAAGUGAAACAUGUGUCAACAACGUCUAUAGUCAGCACAACUCGUAAUAUAAUAACAGCAGUUAGUUCGCAGCAAAACGUAAACAAUGCCUGUUUAAGAAAAAGUGCGCAAGAUAGCAUUUCGACGAUUGAAAAUAAACAAGCGUUAGUAAAACCAACAGUGAUAGUAGCACGUCCUCUUAGUAUACAAUUGCCAAUGCUAACGGAACCGCCGAUCAAUCGGGCCCAUCACAUAUUAUACGCUUCCCAGCAAAUGUUGGAUAAUUUAGAUAAACGAGAAGACCAGGAGAAGGACCUCACUAAAUUCUCCGAAAAUUUGAAGAAAAUGGAUUAUCCAAUAUCCUCAAAGGGCGUCGUGACCAAUACUGCCUCUUCAGUUUAUAAUAAUAAUAACGAUAUAAUGAAAUCCAAAUUCAAGGCUGAUGAAAAACAUCCCAGUUCCAAAGGAUUUCUGGCAAGAUUUGCUAAUGGUUUCCGUUUUUCUUUGAGACGCAAUAAGAAAAAACAAUUAUAUCAACAACAAAAUACGGAAAACUUAACGCUAUCAUCUGCAGUCAACAAUUCUACGCACUUCGCUAAUAAAAGUCCCGAUUUUAUUUAUAUUCCUUUAAAAGGGCCUUUGCCACCUAAAAACAAUCCCAGUUAUCCCAACGGGGUAAAUGGCAAUGACUGUCAACCAGAAAAUGGCAAUGCUGCAAAGCACAAAAUUGGCGCUAAAUCUAUGAAUGCUAAGGAAGAUGAACAAAAAGUAACCGGCAAACCGCCCCUACCGUAUAAGCAAACGCAAAAACUCCAAAGCGCACAAUCCGCACAGCAGCAGCCGCAACAGCAACAGCAACAACAACAACAACAGCAACCCAUACCUGCUUCUAAGAUAGUAGGUGCCAGCCGUUUUUAUACUGAUAAUUACCCCGACCGUCUUACCUCUUCCACCAAUGAAUUUCUCGAUACAGAACGUUCUUACUACGACAAUAACAACAAACAGUUUACUACGAUUUUGCCGAUGACAUCGUCAGAAGCCGCCACAGCAGUAGUAGUGGAGAACUUCGACAGUGAUAACACGGCUAAUGUGACAAUGACGGGAGUUAAUAUACAAAAUUUACCAACGGAAUUUUCUUCACCUUCACGCGCUUCGGUUUCGCAAAAGACCCAAAUGUUUAAUGACCUCGCUACGAAAUCAAAACAUUUGCCACUCCAUUCGACACCUCGUCAGGAUUUUCCGGAUAAUGAUAUAUCCUCGUCAUCCAAAAUCGGUUUAAUUGAAACUAAUUUGGAUACUCAUGAAACGGUUAUAACGGGUAAAACACGUUCGUUAAUCAAUAUCGGUCCGCAACAACAAAAAUUGCAUUUACAUAAUACGGCAAGUGGUAGUGGUGCGAACUCGGUCGGAGUAAAACGUAUUAAUGAAUUAACAGCGCGACGUCGUAUGCAUCUAAAUGAUGAUGAAAUUGAUGAUAAUAAUUAUUAUAAUGAUAAUGAUGAUGACGAAGUUGUAGUAAGACCUGACGGCACAGUGAUAGUAGUUAAAAAUAAUGGUGCAAACACAAAUGCUGGUGGUAAUGGUGCUACACACCAAAUUGCGACAGUACGACGACCUCAUAAAAGUAUGGAAUUUUUGUUGGAUAAGGAAAAUCAGAAAAAUGUUUUGCCUCCCGAAAAUGAACUACAGAAAUCCCACGAUCACAAUUCGGCCGCCUUAAGCGAGCAUCAACUGCGAAUACAAGCCUCCCUUCAGCGUCUGAACAUACCCGACUGGUUCCGACAAUACAAUCAAAACCAAUCGCGUUCACCCGAGGGUGCGGCGAACACAUCAUCGUAUCGUCCAGGUAAUUUUACACGUAAACGUGCGCAAGAUUCGGGACGAUGGGCCGGACUGAACUCUAAAACAACCUCGUUAAGUUCUUUGGGCUCGCAACGAUCUGACCGUAGCCCUUUACUUCUGAGUCCUUCGGCACAUAGCCAUCACGGUGGUCAGACCUCGUUGCACACUCAUCAUAUACAAAACGCUAACGUGUCUGCUGGAAGCGGAGGAGCGGGAACUUUUUCUCGUUGGUCAACAUCGCAUUUAAAUUCAUCACAAAUAUCACCUAGUGUCUCACAGAGAGGCUCAUUUUCUCGUGGCGGACCGAUUAAUUCAAGUUUCAUGUCUGUUAGCAGCGGUCAUAGCGCCAUACGCAACUCUAUGCGCCAGCCUUAUAUGGGAUGGCGUAGCCAAGAAAAAUUGUCACAAAGGACGGCUCAUGAAAGAUUGGCAUCUUCACUUCUCGCUCAGCAACAGCGCACAUCUCCUAGCACGCGUACAACUAUUUUAACUAAUGUUAGUAAUGGCAGUGGCAAUAACAAAUUACCGCCGCUUGUUACACCUGAAAUACAAACUUCGAUUAAAGAGGUGACCUCGGCCAUUGUACAUUAUGUUAAUGAUCAAACAAAUCAACAGCGCAGUAGAUCAACGAGUCCAAAUUCGAGAAAGUGCUGGCUUGAGUCAUCCUUUGUGGGUACACGACCAUUGGAUUCACCGCAAACACCGAUUAUUGAAAAUACAACAUUUACUACCGCCGUAGCGGCAGCAGCUGCUGCCAGUUUACUCACUACCGCCAAUAUUGCAACGGCAACAGCAACAAAUAAUAACAAUAACAAUUUUCAUACAGCGAAUCAUAAUCAAUACAGUUUGAAUAUCAGACAGGAUUUGCCUAUAAAUUUGCUUGGCAAUGAAGCGGUUUUAACCCGUAUGAACAACGGUGGUGCACUCAAUAACGGUACUACUACGUAUAGUAGCGUAAGUAGUGCGAGUGGUGCCAAUCUUAUACCCAAUAUAGGCACCGGAUAUACCAGCCUACCCGCUGCGCCAGAACGCUCCCUAAGCAGCGCCUCACUUGAAGAUGUUUUAACCUCCCUGUUAGGAUUGUCAACCACCACCACAUACACAACAACUGCAAGCGUUACGAGUGGAGUUACAUUAGCUACCGAUGCCACCGCUACUUAUGCUAGGUCCAGCACAGGAGACGUUAUAGCUAGUCAGGCGACUUUAGCUGCUAAUAAUCUCAAACAUAUGCCACAAAACAUCCAACAAAAAACACAACCCAGCCAUUCCGAAUACGAUCAGCAAAAAGAAAAUAUACAACAACAAAAUCAAUUGCAAGUUCUUUCCAAAGAAGAGCAACAGCGAUUACGUCGACGAAGCGAAGGAGAUGCGCCUACACAGAAAUCGAGGCAGCUACAGCAACAAAACCAAAAAUUGCAGCAAUAUGCCGUCAAUGCAAAUGUCAAAACCGCGUAUGCCAGCGACUCGCUUACCACUCUCACCCACAGUAGUGCGAGUUCACAACCCGCAACAAAUCACAUCAACGUUGUUGCUGGCACAGGAACAGGAAGCAGCGUAUGCCUGGCGCCACGACGCGUAUCGCUUGGCGACUCCUCCGAGUCCAAUAACAAGACCAUUAGCGCAGCCUCUUGUGAACUGCAAAUCAAGUGUCGCAACACCAAAUGCGAUCGCAGUGCCACGCCCGCCGACGCCAAAAAGUAUUACAAGUCAUGCCACAAUUGUACCUAUUUAUAUUGUUCGCGUGAGUGUCGCCGAGCCCACUGGGAGAAGCAUCGUAAAGCCUGUUUGCAUUCCAGGGCUUCAAAUUUGUGCCGCCAAGUGUUAGCAACUUGUAAAGACGAUCUAGAUUCGCAACGUCAUCUCAGCUUAAUGGCACGUAAAGGCUACCUGUCACAGGGCCGUGGCGUUGUUCGUAUACUAUUCCGUUCGGCUGAAGCAGCGGAAGGCUUCAUCAAGCAUGGAUUUCAGUGCUUAGGCGAGGCGUCUUAUGUUCGCUGGCCUGAUUUGAUGCCUGCGGAAAUGGGGCUCGAACUCUACUCGGAAUUGCUGCGCUUUAGCACCGAAUAUAAACCAGAAUCAAAAAUGUUAAUCUAUGUCGCUAUAUGUGUAGUUUCUGAGGCUCCUGGAAUGGGUCAGGCUCCGGUACGUUGGGAACGUCAAUUGGUUUCGCGUUGUGCGAAACUGAAACUAUGUAAAUCGGUAUUGGCAGAAUUGGACCAGCCCGCUCAUCCAACGAGUGGUAUAAUACAGCAACAACAGCAACAAUUAUCACAACCAAUCACCAUGAUAACCGUGCCCGAACCUACAACUGAGGUUUUAAUAUUAACGUUCAAUCCUCAAUUACGUACAUCCAGUACGCAACGCGAACUUGUUUUCUCGAACAUUUUGAAUAUAUUAUCGCGUCGAGGUGUAGUAUUGCGUCGUCAUUAUCCUGAAAUUUUUCAACGCUUACAAUCAUUUGCCGAAGGUCAAACGGACAAAUUUAAUCCAGUUACAUUGCAUCCGCGCAAUUCACAGACCGGCCAGAAUUUUGUAUGUAUUAUAAUGCCUGUACAUUCGGAAAGUGAAAUUAUCAAAUUACCAUCAGCGGCCGACGGCGGUAAUCGGGUGACCACCAUAGACGUAGGUUCACAAGCUGCUCUUGCCCAACUGGACGAUGAUGAACUGUUAAUGCGCACCACAAGUUGAUUAAAAUCUUCAAUAAGUAACGGUGGUGACAAAAUAAGAAAAUCAAGUUCCAACAACGCUCUUUGCAAAAGCCGUUCGCCGUCUCCACAUCUGGAAUCGGCAACAGUAGUUGUAACAUUGGAAAGUACUCGUAUGUGAAUUUGAAAAGUUAAACUGUUCAACUUCCUUUCAAUCUUACUCUUAACUAUGUACCCGCAUCUCUUUCUAUCUCUAUCUUUCUCUUUCUCUCGAUAGAAUUUACUUGUUGAGCUUGUUAAAUAGUGCCAUCUUCAUGUACUUUACCGAGACUAUUUAUUAAUCUUCGACCAGUAGUAGCUUUGUAUUUUUUUAGGUUAAGCUCUCUUAUAUAUACAAAAGAAUAAAUAUGGCACAUAAUUUCUAAUAACACACAUUCACGCAAACCAGGUAAAUGCAAAAUGACGUAGAAAUUCUUGGAGAUGAAAAACCAAAUUAGAAUUCCUUCAACAUAAAUUAUUUAUUUUGUUCACAUAUAUAAAACAAAGAAAACCUUCUAAAAGUAUUGUUAUAUAUAUUUGGAAACGUAAACAAAGUAAAAAUCAAAUAAGGAUUAUACGAUAUAAGCUUAGCUAGACAUUAUUCGAGUAUUAGAACUCUUUUGAGUUGCUUUUCAUAAUACUGAAGACUAGCUGUCUCUUUCCCUUUCCAUUUUCUUUCAGUUUAAAAAACGUGCCAAUAACCAAUACAAGUAUAUUUCAUCUCAAAAGAAUUUUGACGUUAUUUUUUUAUACUAUUUUCUAAAAAUUAAUUAUUCUAUUGCUUCCAUAAUAAAAAUAUUUAACAAAUAUCUGUAAAAUGAAAUGAGAAAAUAAAAACUAUUAAAAAAUUCAUUAAAAUUAACGUUAAACGACACUAGAAUAAUUAAGCUAAGAAAGCAAAAUGAAAACGCAAAUUAAAAUAUAAUUCAAAAUGCUUUGCAAACCUAAUUGAAAUUCGAAUGCAAACUUUAACUGUUUUUAUUGAAAAUUCAUUUUCAAAUGAAAAUGAGUAUAAACCUCCACGAGACAAACGCAUUGAAGUACUUUAUGAGAGUGGCGAAAAGGAGAUAAUGUUAAUACACAGCCAAAACUUGAUAAUGUUAAUUUAAAAGAGGUUAAAUAAAUUCUCUUUGCAGAUUUGUGCCAUGGCGAAGGUCAAAUGUAAUAAAUUAAUACAAAUUUCGCGCAAUUCUUCUUCAAAAUUAGUUAAAACAUUCUAACCGGUUUAGGGUUUACUAUAGGACUAGCUAUCUACCUUAUUUCACUUCGUUAUGAAAUACUUAAAACUAUGUCGGGUUGUUCUAAAAAGGCUUACUUACUUUUCUUUUUCACUAUUCUUUUACUUACUAUUCUUUUACUUCUCUAACGAAUGAUUUUGCAGAAUGAUAUUAAAUGAAUUGGAAUUGGAAUAAUAAAGAGUGCAAUUGGCUGAUUUAAGUUGGUCUUGAUAUAUCCGCACUAUUUUCAUAUAGUUUUGUAGCUAAUGGUGUUGGAUAUAAACAUACAAUUUUAUUUUAUUUUAUAGUUAUCGUAAAUUUGGUAUCCAUUUUGUGGAAAGUGACUUCUGAUAAUCUGAAGGUUGACGUUGUCGCAUCCAUUUAAUUAAUAUAAAAAAAAAAAGAAUUUGAUUGAGAUAAAAGCUUUUCCCCUGGCUCUUUUAGACGUUUCGCCGUUUAAUUAAUCAUUUUUGAUAGGUCGUAAAUUAAGGUUUUUUGGCUGCUUCUUUACAAGUUUUCCUGUUUCAUAUCGCUCUAAUACCGAUUUGUGCUAUGUUUUACAUUACCAGCUUAAAGGGAUUGUAAGUCAAAGCUAUUUGUUCACAUUAGGCGUGCUGGUAGGCGCAUCACAAAAUCUGUGGCUGUUAAGUAUAAAUAUGUACGCCCAGUUUACACAUUCUAUGAGAACUUUAAUACAUUGAAACAGCAAUUUUCGUGGCAAUCAUUUGACACAAGUUGACCUUUUCAUAGCCUUAGAAAAGAUUCGAUUUCCAAGAAUUAAAUUACUUGGGUGAAUAAAUUUCCCUAAAAGUGGGUUUCAAUUAUGUUUCUAUAAGUCAUUGUAAGAAAAAGAAAAUCUCUUAAUAUAUAAUAUUUAAGAUUAAAAUCAUUUAGCUAAAAAA